CUCUCAUGCAGUGGGAGUUCUGCUCUGUGGAGCUGCUCUGAGUCGCUCAGACUGAGCGCACGUGUUUCCAGCGUGUCCAGCAGCCGCUGCUGUUCUCUCUGAGAGCGGAGCUGCGGGUUAAUGAUUAGCGCUGAGCUUCAGUUUGAUUUUAUUUCAGUUUGUUUACUGACUUUUCCCCCGGAGCUGCUGCUGUAGCUGUAGCUGUAGUAGCAGUAAGAGUAGUAGCUGCUCUCCGGUCGCAGCAGCGGGUAGCAGGAGCUGCAGGUAUGGCAGCGCUGAGAGCAGCUAAACAGGCUCUGAGGAAGGAGAUAAAGAAGCGGGUAGCGACUCUCAGUGAAGAGGAGAAACUCCGACAGUCCCUGCUGGUCUCUCAGAAGCUGUUUGAACACCCCAGGUAUAAGAGCAGCCAGCGCGUGGCUGUGUUUCUGAGCAUGUCUGAUGAGGUGCGCACCGAGGCCAUCGUCCAGCACAUGUUCAGCAGCGGAAAAGUCUGCUUCAUCCCAAAAUACCUGAGCAACAGCAGCCACAUGGACAUGCUGCGGCUCAACAGCCUGGAGGACAUCAGCUCACUGCCUCUGACCAGCUGGAACAUCCGCCAGCCGGGCGAGAACGACACAGAGAGGGAGGAGGCUCUGGAUACAGGUGGAUUAGAUCUGAUCCUGAUGCCGGGGCUUGGCUUUGAUAAAGGUGGAAACCGUUUGGGACGAGGUAAAGGCUUCUACGAUACGUACCUGCAGCGCUGCGUCAGACAUCCCAAAGGAAAACCCUAUACCAUCGCGCUGGCCUUCAAAGAGCAGCUGUGUAGAGAAGUCCCUGUGGAUGACGGAGACAUGCUGGUCGAUGAAGUGCUUUAUGAAGACGAAUGAACUCCUCCAGCCUCGGCUUAGUCUCAGUAACAAGACCUGAACUGUCAAGUGUUAUUAUUGAUAAUUUAUAUAAUUGCUAUUAAAUUUAUUGAUAAUUUAUAAGAAUUCAUGCACCCAAGCUCAUGAUAAGCAGUAAUUGUCAAAGUUUACACUAAUCACAGAUUUAUAUGACUUUACAUGCAGUAUAAAUGGUAGUGUCACUGUGGUGUUAGGCUAGAGAUAUGCUUGAUGUUAACUUUUCACGAUGUCGCUCCUUUUUAAGGGUUCAAAAUUUUUCAACUGAAUCAGGUUGAGUCAAAGAGUCGAGUAGAACAGCAAAUGAUUCAGUCUGAUCCAGUGAAAGGGCAAUUUUGUCCACAGAAGGGCUGCAACUGCAAAAAAUGCACUGUAAGAAUUAUAUCUUAGCAUGUUAAAUUAUUUUAAAUGUAGUCUACAGAUCUAAUGUCUCAUUUUGAGAUUAUUAUGGUAAUAUUAUAUUAUUAUUACCAGAUUUCUAAAUUACUAGAAGCAUCUUAUUCUAUUAACAGAAAAUGUUGCUUAAUUUAUGAACAUGUGUGAAGUUAGUAAUCAGAUAAAUGAUCUCAUAUAAAUGAUAAUAUUCUGUCAAACAUCAAAGAUGAGAAAUAUCGGGCAUGUCAUCUGUUGCCUCCCUCUGCUUCCCUCCCCUGAUUUCAUUUUCCAGCAGGACUUGGCACACACACUUGCCCACACUGCCAAAAAUACCAAUUGGUCUGAAAUAAUAUUCUAAUUUUCAUUGGCUCUAAGCCAUAAUGAUGAACAAUUAAAUAAGUAAACGUUUAAAAUAGAUCACUCUGUGUGUAAUACAGCUAUAUAAUAUAUGAGUUUCACAUUCUCAAAUGAAUUACUGAAAUUAAGUAAUUUUUCGAAUUAUUUAAGAUGCAACUGUACCUUCAGGACUUAGCCAGUUGUCAAGUACAGGGGUUGUACAAUGAAACUAAAACACCUGUCAUUUUAGUGUGGGAGGUUUCAUGGCUAAAUUGGAGCAGCCUGGUGGCCAAUCUUCAUUAAUUGCAUUUUGCACCAGUAAGAGCAGAGUGUGAAGGUUCAAUUAGCAGAGUAAGAGCAAUGUUCUGCUCUAAAUAUUGCAAUGCACACAACAUUAUGUGUGACAUACCAGAGUUCAAAAGAGGACAAAUUGUUGGUGCACGUCUUGCUGGCGCAUCUGUGAUCAAGACAGCAAGUCUUUGUGAUGCCUCAAGAGCCACAGUAUCCAGGGUAAUGUCAGCAUACCACCAAGAAGGACCAACCACAUCCAACAGGAUUAACUGUGGAUGCUGUAAGAGGAAGCUGUCUGAAAGGGAUGUUUGGGUGCUAACCCAGGUUGUAUCCAAAAAACAAAACCACGGCUGCUCAAAUCACGGCAGAAUUCAAUGUGCACCUCAACUCUCCUGUUUCCACCAGAACUGUCCAUCGGGACGAUAAGUUAUUGUGGUCUAAAGCCAGGUGUUUCAGUUUCAUGGUCCAACCUCUGUACAUCUGUAGUAUAAGAGAUUAUUGUAUUGGUGAUGGUAUACGUGUAAAGAAGCCAUCAUAAAUCAGAGUGACUGUCAUCGAUCUUGCUUUACAAAUGAACUCUCUACUGAUUACUUUUACAUGUUAAACCAAAGCUGAGAGUUGCCAAACGUUCUUACAAUCAGGAAUCACAUAUCUGUACCAAACACAAAUAGUGACUGAGUUGGGUUUGUUUAAUUAGUUUUAAAGUUAAUUAGUUUACUUGUGUCUUGUGUUAUUGAUCCCCAAUGCUUCAUUGGACACAUGCCUGCUGUGUUUAAUUGUUGCUCUUUUAGCUUUUGACUGCACCCCGCUGUUCAUUUAAAUUGCACCGUCCUAUUCAUUUGGCUCUAGAGAUCUUUUUUAAAACCACUAUCAAAUGUAUUGAUUCUUUUUGCAUUAAUAUGUGUUGUGAAAACAAAGUUUAGACACACGUUCCCAUUCAGUGUUUUUCUUUAUUACUUUAAUACUAAUCUACAAUGUAGAAAUUAUACCACUUUAAAAUAAGACUACCUUUAUAAAGUGUUUAUAAAUGGUUUACAAUAAGUUUUGUAAAUGGUUACUAAUUAGGUUGUAAAUUAAUAAUCAGUUAUAACACAUCAUUAGAAAGGGCAACAAUAUAGGUGGCUGUUGGUUUACUAUUUGGCAAACAACAGGUCAUUGUUGCCCUUUCUACGUAUGUGUUAUAACUGAUUAAUAAUGCUUAAUUUUUAAGGCAUUUACAACUUAAUUAGUAACCAUUAAUAAACUAAUUGUAAACCAUUUAUAAACCCUUUAUAAAGGUAGUCUUAUUUAAAAGUGCUACCGUAGAAAAUAAAUUAAAGACAUUAAAACAAUUGCGGGAGACCUAUGGAAUAACAUAAGAAAAAAAAGAAAAACAGGUGUUUAUCAACAACAAUCCCCUGAAUAACUGUGUAUAUGCUAUCCAGUUAAAAAUACUUUAUCUCUUUUAGUUUAUAAUUUUUUUUUUACUUUCUGAAAAUUACUAGAAGUUGUUCUUUGUAUUGUGUAUUUUUUCCGUGAUGUAAUGAUAAAUAGAAAAAUGAUGAAAUAAAAUCUUUAUGCAUUGACUUAAAAAAACAAACAAAAAACAC